CCGCCCGCUGCCGAGGUGCUGGGUGCAGCCGGGGACACGGCAUAUCUUCGCCCCUUCAACCCCCCCCCCUCCGUGCAACUUGGAGGUGUAUUUGGGGCUGUGCAGGGGUUAGCUGAGGAAUUCGAGGACCCGGGGUCGCGCUGGGUGUAUCCACCCCUCACUUCCUGGCACCCAAGCUGCUGGAGCCCCUGGGUGCUUUCCCUGUCCCUGCCAUCUCCCGGUCCCCAGGCCCAAUAUGAUACUGACCAAAGCCCAGUACGACGAGAUAGCCCAGUGCUUAGUGUCCGUACCGCCCACCAGGCAGAGCCUGAGGAAGCUGAAGCAGAGGUUCCCCAGUCAAUCGCAGGCCACUCUGCUGAGCAUCUUCUCCCAGGAGUACCAGAAACAUAUUAAAAGAACACAUGCCAAACAUCAUACUUUGGAAGCGAUUGAAAGUUAUUACCAGAGGUACCUGAAUGGAGUGCUGAAAAAUGGAGCUGCCCCAGUGCUCCUAGAGCUGGCCAAUGAGGUGGACUAUGCACCCUCAUUAAUGGCUCGGAUUAUACUGGAGAGAUUUCUACAGGAACAUGAACAAACUCCACCUUCCAAGUCUGUUAUAAAUAGUAUGCUACGGGACCCUUCUCAGAUUCCAGAUGGAGUUCUAGCAAAUCAGGUCUAUCAGUGCGUCGUGAAUGACUGCUGUUAUGGACCGCUGGUGGACUGCAUGAAACAUGCCAUUGGUUAUGAGCAUGAAGUCCUGCUGAGAGACUUGCUUCUAGAGAAAAACCUGUCGUUCCUCGAUGAAGAUCAGCUCCGUGCAAAGGGUUAUGACAAAACACCAGAUUUUAUUUUACAAGUACCAGUUGCUGUGGAAGGGCACAUAAUUCACUGGAUCGAAAGCAAAGCCUCAUUUGGUGAUGAAUGUAGCCACCACGCCUACCUGCAUGGCCAGUUCUGGAGCUACUGGAAUAGGUUCGGACCAGGCUUAGUCAUCUAUUGGUAUGGAUUCAUCCAGGAGCUAGACUGCAACCGGGAGAGGGGCAUCCUGCUCAAAGCCUGUUUCCCCACAGACAUUGUCACCUUGGGCCAUAGCACAGCCUGACCCUGGAGAUCCUGUAAGGGAGGUUUGGGAGGAAGAAGCAGAUCCGGAAGCGUUUUGACUUUCCUGCAGUGUACGCUCCUGGCAGCCUCUGCCCUGAACUUCAGCUGAACUCCUGCUGCCGCGGUCACAGCACUGCCUCUCUAGACAAAUACUUGAGGAGUUUCUGCUUUCCUUCGUCCUCACCGAUGUGAACAGACAGGAACUGCAGACACAGCCCGCUCACCGGCCUCUGUAUCUCUGUCAUACAGCUUAGAGAUCAUCAUCAUCUUUCUUCCUUCUUAAUGGUUUCUCCUUGGAUGCUGAACCACCAGGAAACACAUGGAGACCCACAGGAGUGAAUUUUCAGUUCUCCUCCCUGUUAUUGAAUCACCCCUUAUUUUGUUCCAAACCUCCAUAUGUUCUCUCUUUCCCUCUUUCUCUUCAUGUACACUCAAGAUAUGCACUGCUGCGUUACCUUCAUGGAACAACCUAGCACAGACCUUCCUGAAACUAAAUGUUGGCUGUCAACCAGUGGGGCUCAGUAGACCUGGCUGGGGGCUUGUUCUGUGAAGCUGCCACUACUUCCUGAUUGCUGUGGCAUUCAGCCAGGCUGCAGAAAUACCCUUGAUAAGAUUGUCCUCUUUUCAGAAUACUUACUGAAACACCAAGCAUUUCACAUUUAUCUCAUUUUAAAGAGUGGGUUCCAUAUGUUUUGACUGGAAACUGUGCUCUUCGGCACAAGCUGAGGACAGAGCGCAGAGGCUCGGGACCAUGUGGCCAAGAAUGCCCUCUUAAAUGGGGCCUCAUUGUCCUGAGCGUAUUCAUAUGCACGGCUUUGUACCUGCAUUUUAUACCGCAUAAUUAUAUAAUGCUCAAAUAAUUUAGACAUUACAAAUAGCUUUGAAUGAAUUAAGUGUGCCAGAAAUAAAAAGCAGUUUUUAAAUAAGCAAAAAUAAAAGGUUUUGUAUUUGUUCACUUUAAUUUAUUUACUUUUAUAUACUGUUGACCAGAUCCAGUCUAAUAAAACAUCAAUAAAAUAAUUAUAAACCUAUCUUUGGGGAAAUUAAAAAAUAACCUGUGAGCUGGAGAGAUGGCUUAGUGGUAAAGGCGCUUAGCUCUGAAGCCUGACCACACGGGCUCUAUUCCCCAGUACCAACAUAAAGCCAAAUGCACAAAGUAGCACAUGCAUCUGGAGUCUGCAGUGGCUGGAGGCCCUGGCAUGUCCAUUCUAUCUCUCUGUCUCUCCUCUCCUCUCGUCUCUCUCUCUCUUUCUUACUCCUUGUGAAUAAAUGCAUUUUUGUUGAAGUAACCUGUAUCAAAAAUGUGUUUAGCAAAAGAUUUGUCCCAAUAUUAAUAAACUGUAGCUUUUAUAAUAUUGGAUAGGUCAUUCUGGAAAUAAUAAAAAUAUGAUUUUUUAGAAAUACCUUAAGUCAUACACAUUGAUUAGUUCAUUUUAUACCUGAAAGAUGCAAAAUUCUGCCUGUUGCUUUUAUUCUGAAAGCCACAAAUAUGUCAGGUCCAAGAUGGGGUUUUUCACUAGUGAGACUUAGAUCACCAGAGAGAGGAAGAGGAAAUGGUAAAGAGAUGCCAGGCCAACUUCUGCCUCAGUGUCAAAUUCACGUGGCUUUGUGAGUGAGAUGGGAUGAUUUGUACUGUGACUACACUGCCUUGAUACGCACGUACAUUUUAAACAAAAAUGUUUUUAAAAUUAGGCUCUAUGACAUGCUGUAACCUGCUUCCUUAGGAAUAAAUUGCGUGUAUCUGCACAGAUGUUAAAAAUCCUGCUAAACCCUUGUCAAACAUUUGCUCGUUUUACAUUGGACAAAUUUAUGAUGAGCUUGCACAAAUAAAUUAAAAAAUUAAA